AUGAUAUUACAGAGGAAACUUUCCACUGUAGAUAGAGUCUUGAAAUGGGGUAUACAAGCGGAUGCAAACUGUGUUCUAUGCAAUACUGGUCAUAUAGAGAACUUUGAUCACCUAUUUUAUGCUUGUCCUUACUCCUCAUAUGUAUGGAAAGCAAUGCUGAAAUGGUUAGGCUAUCACAGACAAGUAGGCAGUUGGGAAUAUGAAGUCAAAUGGAUGAUCAGCAGGGUCAAGAAUAGUAGACCAAGAGCUGGAAUUUUGGGAUUCUGUUUUGCAGCAAUUAUAUACAACAUUUGGAUGGAAAGAAACAAUCAGAGGUUUAAUGCCAAGAAGGGAAGCACAGCACAGAGACUGAAGGAAAUAACUGUACAGGUACAUAUUGAAGGACAAAGGCACUGCAAAUGGAAGCCUCAUUUAGAUCAACUGAUAGGAUAUCCUAAUUAG